AUGACCACCGUGCCCUUGGGAGAGGCUGGAGCCACCAACAACCCUCUACAUGGUGACAGCAGGUCUACAGACAUCCCAGCAGUGGGGUCCCAAAGUCAGGUCCCCCUCUUUGCAGAUGACCCAGCAUCUCUUAACUCUAUAACAUCAGCUGAACGGCAGGAUGUAGAUCAGGCCUCCAUUGAGCCAGCCACCUCGGGGGCCAUGUCAGAGCCCGGGGACGCAGAUAAGCAUGAAGCUGCCGAGGGGGAAGCCCAGGAGUCCAGGGAGGCCACAGCCCUGCCUGCUGAUCUGGCCCCAGGUAUCCUGAAAAAUUCCCCGGACUUCCAGAACCUAGUGCAGAAAGUCCUGGUGCAAGAUUCCAGCAGGACUCAGAAUCCUCAGAUUUUCCAAGUUAUCUCCCUGGUUAAGGAAGCAACGCCACAAGCAGUGGCCACCCCAGACAGAGAGCAGGAGCCAGCAACAGCCACCCCAAGUGCCGAGGCACAGUCUCCCCAGAACGUGGAGGCUCAGCCCAUCGUGAGCACCGCCGACCCCAAGGACCAGCUUGACCCUGGGACUGCUGACACCCCUGAAGCUGUUGAAGAGAAGCCAGAGGGUCCCGAAGCCUUGAACCCUGACCCUGACGCUUCACCGUCAGCCCCUGCCUCGCCGGGCCCCGGAGCACCAGCCCCGCGGAUGGGUCACCUGGACUCCAUGGCUGGCGAGAACAGCUACAUGCGCUCCAUGACCAGCUUGCUGGGUGGGGGCGAGGGGUCCAUCAGCUCCCUGGCAGACAUCCUAGUGUGGUCCGAUGCCACCAUGGGCCUAGCCACGGGCUUCCUGGCCACCGGCCGUGGCUCCAUGUCAGACCUGUUGCACAGCCCAGGGCCCAGCCUGCGCUCCGUCUCCAGCAUCCUGGGGAGAGCCAGCUCUGCCCUGUCCUCCAGGCUGGUGGUGAGGACUAGAUCGGCCCUACGCUCCAUCACCCACGUGCUGGAAUCAGUGGAGCGGAGGACCAUCGAGGGCAUCCGUUCGGCCAUGCACUACCUGACCAGCCAUCUCACCCCACACUAG